CACCAGAAAGCCCUGGUGUGGUUCGUAACGUUACAUUCCAUUGAGAAGAAGAGGGAAAGAUGGCGUCCUCAAACAAUCCUCGCAAAUUUAGCGAAAAAAUCGCUUUGCAUAAUCAGAAGCAGGCGGAGGAGACUGCUGCGUUUGAAGAAGUGAUGAAAGAUUUGAACAUCACCAGAGCUGCACGGUUGCAGUUACAGAAGACCCAGUAUUUGCAACUAGGGCAGAAUCGUGGACAGUACUAUGGAGGCUCACUGCCCAAUGUCAAUCAGAUUGGAAAUGGCAACAUUGACCUGCCUUUUCAGAACUCGGUGCUGGAUACCAGUCGGACAACCAGGCACCACGGACUGGUGGAGCGUGUCUACCGUGAUAGGAACCGCAUUACAUCUCCUCACCGCCGGCCGCUUUCAGUCGACAAACACGGGCGGCAAAUUGACAGCUGUCCUUACAGCUCAGUUUACCUCUCCCCACCACCAGACACUAGCUGGAGAAGGACAAAUUCGGACUCUGCUUUACACCAGAGUGCCAUGAAUCCGAAAUCCCAGGAGGUGUUUGCAGGAGGUUCACAGGAGCUGCAGCCAAAACGAGUCCUGCUGCUAACGACUCCUGGGGCGGAGAAUUCAGAGUCCAGUGCAGAGAAGGACUCGCAGAAACAGUUGUGGGAUGAUGAGAAGGAUGAUUCAUCAAAGCCCAACACAUGUGAUGUCCCAGGAAUCAAUAUAUUUCCAUCACCAGACCAGGAAUUGAUCCCAUCCAUGCUCCCAGCUGCACACAACACUGGUGGUUCUCUGCCUGAUCUGACCAAUAUCCAGUUCCCUCCUCCACUGUCCACCCCACUGGACCCCGAGGACACCGUGGCCUUCCCCUCUCUCACCUCAUCCAACAGCACAGGCAGCCUGACCACCAACCUCACCCACCUGGGCAUCAGCGCUGCCAGCCAUGGGAUCCCCACCUCCUCUCAGCCCACCAUGACUGUAACAGCACAGCGCCGGCAACCUCCAGUGGUGCCGCUCACCCUCACCUCUGACCUCCAGCUUCAACAGUCCCCACAGCAGCUCUCCCCCACCCUGUCCUCACCUGUUAACAUCACACAGGCUGUGCCGACAGAGCCGUUGACCCUGGAGCAGCAGCUCACCCAGUACCCCCUGUUCAACCAGCUGACAGCUCAGGCCCAGGCGCAGUUGCUCAGCGACCUUCAGAAGCAGCAGCAGGCCUUGCCACAGGGCAUUCAGCUCAUCACCUUGCCAACUCUGGCUUCCUCUGGUACAGGCACAGCCAGCAGUCCCUCCCCAGACAGUCAGAGCCAGACCACCGCCAGCGUCAGCUCGUACCGCAAUCAGACUGGCUCACCAGCCACUCAGUCUCCAACCUCCCCAGUCUCCAAUCAAGGCUUCUCCCCUGGCGGCUCGCCUCAACAUAUCCCUGUUGUGGGCAGUAUAUUUGGUGACUCCUUCUACGAUCAGCAGUUGGCAUCGAGGCAGACUAAUGCUCUUUCUCACCAGCUGGAGCAGUUCAACAUGAUUGAGAACCCCAUCAGCUCCACCAGCUUAUACAACCAGUGCUCCACGCUCAACUAUACCCAGGCAGCCAUGAUGGGCCUCACCGGGAGCAGCCUGCAGGACUCUCAGCAGCUGAGCUACAGUAGCCAUAGCAACAUCCCCAACAUCAUCCUAACAGGUGUCAGUGCUGACUCCUAUCUGACGACUCAUAUCUCAGUCACAGGUGAGUCUCCACCGAGCCUCUCCAAAGAGCUGACCAACUCUCUGGCUGGUGUUGGUGAUGUCAGCUUUGAUGCAGAUUCUCAGUUUCCUCUGGAUGAGCUGAAGAUCGACCCGCUCACCCUAGACGGACUGCACAUGCUCAACGACCCUGACAUGGUGCUCGCCGACCCUGCCACUGAGGACACUUUUAGAAUGGACAGGCUGUAACCUAAGAUGCUGACUGUGGUCUAGAACAAGAAGAAAAAUUCUUGUGAAUGGAGAGAAACAAAGGGCAGGAUGAACCCUCUCCCUCGUUGCAUGGCCAUCCACCUGUCUGACCUCGCCCUUGAUUCUGUGAAACCCUUUGAAAUGAUGCGCCACCAAAAGACAACAGGGAAAAAGACAUCCAGUGGCUUGCUGGGGAAUGGCCUUGCUGUCGUUUUCAAUGAGAUUGGUCGCUCAGCGCUUUCGCUAGCCUGCUGUGUUUACAGUGUACCAUUACAUGCCACAUAUAUUCCAAAAAUGCACAUUUGAUGCUGAUUAUAUCUACUUUGUUUUUUUUUUUGUUUUGUUUUUUUGUUUGUAUUUGCUUGUAGCAGGAAGCUGCUAGGACAUUGGGCUAAACCGUUCCUGUUAUAACGUCUGUGUUCGUAAAAAAGAAAAAACACAGCUGGUUUGCUUUUACCUUGCAAACAUAUGAACUGGUUUUCCAUCAUGCCGUAACAGCUUUCUAUUUCACACACAAAGCUUUAUUUUUGACAACUAAAUAUUAUUUUCAUUAUGUACUGUAUGUUUUGAUGAUUUAUGUAUUUAUAUGUUUUGUUUAUUUAUUUGGUUAGAUUUUAUAUUCCAUCUUUUAAUUUAAAUUUGAUGCCAAAAUGCUCUUUGUAGGCAUAGUGUAAAUUUGCACUGAUGUAAUUUGUCUAUUUAUUAACAUAUUUAUAUAUGUGUUAAGAUACUUGGUUAAUGAAGGAGUGCAAAACCUCCCCAUAGUUGCUCUUUGGUGUUCAUUGUGCCAUUCUCUGAUUAGGACGUGGCAGACGGUGCCAUGCUGCAAUCCGUCAGUCAGAUCAAAAGAUCAGUUUUCAGCACAGCUCCAGAAAAUGCUGCGUGCUCCAGAAAUGGCAUGGUUUCAUUUGAUUUACCUGACAGUUUUCUCAGUAAAAGUUAUUUCUCCUCAAGUA